UUUCAUCGUCUAACAACAUCAUCUUUGAAAAACAUGUGGAAGGCAACUCUUACUGCAGGGCUCUGCUUGAUCCUUGCCAGCUUGGAUAUGUCAGGUCUCAUUCAGGCUGUGACAGCAAGUUCUAACAACCACAAUAACUGUCCUGGAAACUCAAGCUUCUGUGAUGGAAAGAUGAAUGGGAAUUAUGCCAAUGACGAUGACCCAAAUUGUUUUUACACCUGCUCUAAUGGAAACACCUACAAAGUCCGAUGCCAAUCAGGGUUGGUCUUUGUAGAGGAAUCAAAUCUCUGUGAUUAUCCCGACACAACAUCCACAGCCCCAACCACAACCACUCAAACAUCCACUACCACAGCAACAACCAGAGCUCCUUGUCCUGGAAACUCUAGCUUCUGUGAUGGAAAGAUGAAUGGGAAUUUUGCCAACGACGAUGACCCAAAUUGUUUUUACACCUGCUCUAAUGGCAACACUUUCAACUUCCGGUGCCAAUCAGGGUUGGUCUUUGUAGAGCAAGAAAAUCGCUGUGAUUAUCCGGACACAAUAUCCACAACCACAACCACUCAAACAUCCACUACCACAGCAACAUCCACCACCCCAACCACAACCACUCCAACACCCACUACCACAGGAGCUGAAAUAGAUAUUUUGGAUCUUUAA